AUGCUGGCGCCCAACUUCCUGGUCCUGGAGCUGGUGAAGCAGGGCUUCGUGGGCCUCAGGUGCGAGGACGAGUCGGCCUUCCAGAAGUUUGCCUCUGAGCUCUCCCAGCGCCGAGCUGACGAUUACGAGCGCUUCGAGCAAUAUGAGCAAAGUAGCGUUCAAAGCUACUUCCAAUACUACGCCAAGCUGUCCAACCAGCAGAAUAUGCUGCAAGACAGCGUGCGGACCUCCACGUAUAAUCGAGCGAUCGUGGAGAACCCCGAUGACUUCGCGGGGAAGAUCGGCCUGGACUUGGGCGCUGGCAGCGGCAUCCUCUCGUUCUUUGCCGUGCAGGCGGGUGCUGAGAAGGUUUAUGCCGUCGAGGCGUCCUCUAUGGGGGAGGUGAUUCGGCUUCUGGCCGAUGCCAAUCCGUUCCUGACCAAGAAGAUCGAGGUGGUGAACAGACCGGUGGAGACGAUCACCAGCGAAGUUGAGGGGAAGGUGGACGUGAUUGUCUCCGAGCCCAUUGGAACUUUCCUCUUCAAUGAGAGGAUGAUCGAGAGCUACCUCUGUGCUCGCGAUCGCUUCCUGAAGCCUGGGGGGAAGAUGUACCCAAACGCCGGCACCCUUUGCAUAGCGCCGUUCUCCGACUCCAUGCUGCAUUGGGAGCAGCAGAACAAGAACGGCUUUUGGAAGAACACCAACUUCUACGGGAUUGACCUCACCGCGGCCGUUCAGAGAUGCACGAAGGAGCACUUCAAGCAGCCCAUCGUGGACUACAUCAACCCAGAUUGUUUGGUCGCCCCCAGCGUCGACACCAGGUUCGACUUCACGAAGAUUACGGUCGAGUCGCUGCACUCGAUUGAGAUCCCUUUCGACUUCGAGAUCGCCCAGCCCUGCCUCGUCCACGGCAUCGCGGGCUGGUUUGAUGCCCACUUCGAGGGCACGAAUCAGACGGUGACGCUCUCCACUGCGCCGCGGUGUCCAGGGACUCAUUGGUACCAGAUCCGGUUCCUUCUGGAGGUUCCUUUGGCGGUGAACGCCGGGCAGCACGUGGAAGGUACUUUGAAGAUGGAGGCUAACAACCUGCAAUCCUACUACAUGCGGAUUGACGCCAGAAUAAAGGGGACGAACAUCUCAGCUUCGGCGCCCUGCAUCGAUCUGAAGGACCCGGAAUACCGAUUCUACACUUCCUCGAACUCCUACUGCCCGCCCGGCACCAACCAGGCAGUACCACCUUCGCAGCUGCAGCAGUACCAGCAGGCACACUUUGCGCAGUCUCAGAACAUCCUUCCGGGCCAGGCGGUGGCCGCGACCGUGUGGACGCCUGAGGCCUCACAGUGGGCGCAGCCGAUGCAGCCUGGCCCUGUGUGGCCCGGCGCGGGUUCCGACGGGGGAGGGUCACACCAUGUGAGCGAUUGACUUUAUGUGGCC